CAUUCAGCGUGCCAGUACGAAACAAGCCUUGCAAUCGGACGGACCUGCACGCGCGUGCACUCGUAAAGAAGACGCUCCAUCAUACACUUUCGUAUCGUUGCUCUACACGCGUGAGAGAAAACAUACGAAAGGACGACCGAGAAGUCUUCCGGAAAGUGGUUUUUAGUGGCGCGAUUUUGAGUGCAAACGAAAUAAUAGCCAAAAAGAGAAGUCUAUCAAAAGGUGGUACGACUUCGAAUAUCCUUACGCCCGGUGUGUGUAGAGUGUUUAGCUUCAGUGCUACCACGCUGUGAACCGGAGUCAUCCAUACCGAAAUAUGAAGCGUCGUUGUUGGAUGAAAUCCUCAUAGGAAAAGUGCUGAAAUUCGAUAACACACUCUCACACACACACACACAUUAUUUAGCGCCGAUUCGGUGUGUGGGGUAAUGUGCGUUGAUUUUUUUUACUUUGCUCUUCAGUUUUAAGUUGCUUGUGUUGAGUAAAAUAAUCUUAAGGCAAAGGUGUCCUCUCACCGCCUGUGUGUUGCAAAGAAAGUAAAACAAACGCAUCGCAUUUGGCUGUUAUCAGUGGAAAAGGAAAACCAAAAAAAAGGAUAGCGAUAACGCAUUAUUGCUGCUGCUGCUGCUCUGUGUUGGUGUUUCCUUGUGUGAACGAAUAUUCCGAUUCCGAUUCGAGUCAAGAUAUAGAAUUUCCAGUGAAGAAUCCUGUAUGUAAGCGUGCUAUCAAUCGAUCAACGCUAUCGCGCGAGUGUGUGUAGUUUUGUGAAGGGAAUCCUUGCGAGGAUAAUUGGUGGGGGUAUAUAAGCGAGCCGAACGAAAAUGAUCGAAAACUUCGAAUCAAAGAUAACCUUCGAAAUACCGACCAAUCUCGACUUUGACAAGCUGAUCCGGGGCAACAAUUACACCCUGUUCUGGCAGAACCUUCACCAGCAGCAUCAGAACGCGGCAAGUGGAGCAGCGGCCCGGCUAGCGGCAACCGGUGGCAGCGGAGCCACCUUCGGCGGUAUGGCCGACGCUGGCGGUUUCGGCGGGUUCGGUUCGUCCGGGUCCAGCCUGUUCGGUGGCAUUGACUACAGCAACGGUAGCAGCGACUACGGGCUGCUCAACAGUCUGCAAUCGUUCGCGAACCGGGGCCGGGAUGGGCUCGGCGGCGUCGGCACGGAACAGAUGCUCGACCCGACGUACGAGCGGUUUAUCGGUGACGUGUGGGUUGGCAUCGUGCUGACGCUCAUGAUCCUGUCGUCGAUCUUCUGCAUGUGCUCCUGCUUUCUGUAUCACAAAUUUCGCCAGUGGCAACGAAACGUACUCACUGCCCGCUCGCAAACGCUAUCCUCGAUGGACAUUGAAACGCCACCACCGUACGAUGCCGAGUCUCUGCCCAGCUACACGAUCGUGUCCGGCUUGCCCAGCUACCAGGAUGCAAUCGAGCAGCUCAAGCAGAAGCAGAUGAAAUACUACGAACCAGUCAAAGUGCAUCGGCCAAGCGUGAUGAAGCUGUUCGAAUCGCAAGAUCUGCUUGGCACAGCAACGUCCGCCCCGAACCCGGCCAAGCACGAGGAGAUCCGGUACAACUUUGUGCGGCCCCUGUCCGUACAGGAGCAGCCGCUGCCCGAACCGACCACCAGCACCGGCCAGGCUGGUGGUACGUCCGAACAACCGAUGCCACCACCGCCACCCUACAAGAGUCAAAUUUCCACCAUUUCCACCGCCUCGUCAACGCACGGCGUUAGCAGUAUGGUGGUGGAGCUGCCAGCGCAACAUGGCUGCCCCAUCACCACGAUACGGCUGCCGCAGAAGAAGCUGGCGGACGUGUGCCAUUACACGAUCGAGCACGAGCGGAUGGCGGGAGGGCGCAGUUGAAGAAGCGACCGGCUACGGUUAGCCACCAUGAUAUACUACACGCCAGCAGAAUAGAAUAGAACUCCAGCGAAUGAUUAGCGAAGGAAAAGAAAGCAAAAAAAAAAAAACAGAGCGGUAAAAACAAACUCGAUGAUUACAAAUCACUGACUGUGUUAUUAACGAUUAAUUUAUUAGAUAGCUAAGUAGAUAGUAGCGGGAACGCUUCCCUGCGGACGGGGAAGGAAGCGGGUAAAGUGAGAGAAGACGUGAGGUUUGUGGUGAAACCGGAGAUUCACUUUCAUUCCUGCAUAGUUUCGACGCCAUCUGACAGAGCCCGGGCUCCGCUAAGUAGACGCGGUUAGUGACAUUUGUAGUGCUCCGUUGACAGAUGCAGAUCAGUAGUUUGACAGUUCGGCAGACCACAAUCGAUUCGUUUGGUGCUUACCGGUGGUCCUUUAAAGCCUCUAUAAGGACGCUCACUUUACUUUCUUUCCUGUGCUGGGAGAAGCAUUAGAACUAGCAUGAAGAAAAUAAAACAAGAAGUUGUAGUGAUAAAGCAAUACGUGUAAAUCCUUACCUACUGCUUGUUGGUGGACACUCCAAUCUUGCACACCGACCGGUCCACACCGAUUGCGUUUGUUUUUGCUGAUCCGUAAAAGCCAGGCUACUUAAUGCGAGAUGCCAAAAAGAUUUCGAUUAAAAGGGGGGGGGGGGGUGUUGUUUAUCUACCCACGUUCUUUAGAGCACUUCAUGCUAUCUCUCUCUCUUCAACCGAAAACUACCAUGGCAACACAUAGAAAGUGACAGAGAGGGCUAGAGAGAAGCGAAAUCUUUCCGAGACUUCAGCUCGACGAGACAGAAUCUUUUUGACAGAUAGAUUUUGCAUAACCCCACCCCCCUCCCCCCCCCCCCCUUUUUAGCGAAAUCUGUUUGGCAUCUCGCAUCAUGUAGCCUGGCUUUAAGGAUGCGUAACUCGUAUCGAAACUCGUUUCCAGCGGGUUAGUUAUAAAACAGUUCAGUCUAAGAAACAAACCAGCGAGUCUAGCCGUACUAGGGAAUGUACUUUCUCAAAACCAGAACUAUACUUAUACACAUUGCCAUCAGUGUUUGUGUGUUUCCUUUGCAAAUGUGUGAAUAAAUAGGAUUGUAGCGCAUACUGAACAAACAGUUCGCGUAGUCACCGGCCCCAGAAAAAGAGACUCACGAUUAGGAGUUAGCAAAGAUAUAGUAUAUAUAUUUACAA